CAGCGAGCGAGCGAGCGAUUCAUCCGAUUUUCCAUUCCUCAUCACCCACAUCUUUCACGCCAACACCAUGAGCCCCCCAGCCUCCCAGCCACCCCUCUGGAUAUCACUCUGGAUGCUUUUCACGACUCUUAUCGUCUCGUGGGAUGCCGGAUACUGUCUCAUGAGACCACGAAGCUUGCCUGGCGGCGAUCUUUCUUGGAUAUGGAAACCUUACAACGACUUUCCUUAUGGCGAAAUCGACUAUCUCUAUGGGUGGAAAGCUUUCAACGAAGAAGAUGGAUUUACAGCUGCCCAAGCCCUUCUUAACGUCGUUGAAAUCUUCCUCGCCAUCGGUUACCUCUAUCUCCAACACAUUUCCCCUCGAGACAAGCCCUUGCACGCCGUAGCGCCAUUAAUAGGAUUUGUGGGAACUGUUAUGACUGCCUCAAAGACAAUUUUAUACUUCCUUCAGGAAUACUUCUGUGGCUGGUGCAAUGUUGGUCACAAUGACAGGCGGACAUUUUGGAUGGUUUGGGUUAUCCCCAACGGGACAUGGAUUAUUCUCCCUACAAUCGUAUCUAUUGUCCUCGGCCGAUACAUUGCCGUUGCUCUAAAACGUGAUGCCGUCUACUCUCCGGUCUCCACCUCCCUGCUGCGCGCUGAAUUUCUCGCCGAGAAAUUAGCUUCCACACUUACCGAAGAACCGACCCAACUCCCUGCUGCCCUUCCACUCACUUUCCACCCUCGCACCUUGUCUGUCCUUAUUGUCGGUUCCAAUCGCCUCGCCGCUAGUCGAGCGCUUACUUUCCUCGAAGCCGACGCCAAGGUUUUCCUUCUCACGUCGUCUGAAGAGGUGGCUAAGGAGGUCAAGGAGCUUGAAGAGGGUGGUCGGGUUUCCCUCCUCCAGAAUACAGCCUCAGAUUCUGUCGCCUGGUCAGAACUCCUUACAAAGCAUGACAUUUCUCUCGCAUGCGUUACCGAUACCCUCAUCUCCACUCCUUCUCGACGCUCCCUCGCUUCUGCGACAAUCAUCUACCAAACCUGUUUGUCGCUUCACAUCCCUGUCAACAUCUCUGACCAGCCUCAUUUCUCCACUUACACUUUCCCCUCUGUACACCGUUUCGCCGGUGCCGAUGGCCCUUCGCACUUGCAAGUGGCAGUAUCGACUAACGGUCAAGGCUGUCGAAUGAGCGGAAGGAUAAAGCGAGAGAUUGUCAGCAGACUACCUGCAGACGUAGGCAAGGCAGUUGAUAACGUUGGGAAACUCCGGGCAAGAGCCAAAGCCCGAGCCAAGAUCUCGGAAGAAGACGACGGACCUCUCAAUACGCCCGUACCCCAACUCCCUACCCCAUCCAUUUCUCGCCGCAACUCUGAAGAAGUCACCCAGCAGCUGAGCGACGAGGAGCAACAACUGAGAAGGAUGAGAUGGGUGUACCAGAUGUCAGAGUACUACAGCUUUGAACAUCUUGCGAAAAUUUCAAAUGAAGAGAUGGACAAGGCUUUAGAUAUUUGGGGCCAGCGAGACGAAGGCUACCUUCCUCACCACGACGUGAAGACAGUUAACGCUUCAGAGAAGAAAGGCCGUAUCCUCCUUAUCGGUUCCGGUCCCGGUCACCCUGGUUUACUCACGAUGGCCGCCCACACCGCACUCCGCACAGCCACCCUCAUCCUUUCCGACAAACUCGUCCCCGCCGAGAUCCUUGCACUUAUCCCGGACUCUACCAAACUCCACAUUGCAAAGAAAUUCCCCGGUAACGCCGAAGGCGCCCAGAAUGAAAUGAUGGAACUUGCUCUCGAAGGUGCACAAAGGGGUGAGACAGUGGUCAGGCUGAAACAGGGUGAUCCAUUCGUAUAUGGGCGUGGUGGUGAAGAAGUGCUCUACUUCCGACAGCACGGGUUUGAAUCAACUGUUAUCCCAGGUAUCUCCUCCGCUCUCGCCGCGCCGCUCAUGAUGGGUAUCCCCGUCACUCAACGAGGCGUCGCGGAAUCUCUUGUCCUCUGUACUGGUGUGGGAAGGCAAGGGAAAGCUGUUCAGCUACCAGGCUAUGUCAAAUCUAGAACUCUCGUUAUGCUCAUGGGUGUUGCGCGUAUUUCUCAAAUCAUCGAGGUCCUCACGUCCACUACUGCCACUACUGCCACCGGACGUGAUGGCGCUGCUUACCCGCCCCACUUGCCGAUCGCCGUUAUUGAACGCGCGUCCUCUCCUGAUCAGCGAGUAAUUCUCUCGACGCUUGAGAAGAUUCAGCCGGCGUUGAAGCAGGUGGAUGAGAGACCGCCAGGGAUGAUGCUUGUGGGCUGGGCAGCGUUAGCUUUAGAAGGGAAGGGGAGGGUGGACGUACUUGACAGGUCGGAAGAUGAUGAGUUUGAGAUGGUGGAGAGCUGGUUAGCGGAGGGACAGGAAGGUGAAAUAAAGGGAUGGAAGGUUAGGGAGGGUUUGAACGACGAAUGGAGAGGGAUUUUGAAUGGGAUCAUAUAGCCGUGUGAUAGUUAGUCGACGUUCGGAUUCAUCAGCAUUAUUGGCAUAUUCAACAUACUGCAUCAUCAUGUAUUACUUUUGGGAUUAGCUCCAUCUUCGAGAAGGUCGUUCAGGUAGCCUGACAUAUGCAUC